AUGAAUCUUCUUUUGCUAUUGUGGUUUCUUGUUGCUGCCAGUUCCGUUCCACUUGGAAGAGUUCUGGUAAUUGUUGAUGGAAAAAGCUUGAAGGAACAUAAGAACAGUUUUGUUGCUAAAUGGAAGGACUCAUUGAGCUCAUCUGCGCCUGUUUCGAAAUUUAUGGGUAAGUUCACGUUUGUUCGUCCUUCGAUUUUGGACGAGGCUGUAGAAGCGAAUCUGGAGGAUGGUACAGCAUCAUGGCAAAGCGAAAAUGAAGGUGAAUUUGAAGAUUACAGUCACGAAGCAGAUAACGACGUUACGUACGUGUUGAAGAAACGCCCAGAAGAAGAGUCCCAUGACCGUUCAACCAGUCCAGCAUACCUUAUGGGUCACGUUCAAGAGUUUGCAUUCAAGUCCUCCAAAGGACCCAAAGGACCCAACGCUCCCAUGGUUUCAACCAGCGAGGCAGCCAAACAUGGCCGAACUCAAUCGUCUAGCAAAUGGGCCAUUGAAGCCAGUGAUUUAGAAUAA